UCAGAAUAACCAUUUGCAGACGUACUAAUGGGAUCGUGAUUUACUUAUUGUGAUAUCUGUUACAGGAAGAAUGCAUCAAUACUGCACAGCAAAUUUGAAAAUUGAUUUAUUGUGAUAUUUUGAUCAUCCAAAGUGUUCAUAUAAAACAUGUGUACUAACGAAGAAUGUCAACAGAUAUAACAAGAGUAAUCUUAAUAUUUCAUAGAAAUUUAUAACAGCAUCAGAAUUAAUAGUUCGCCUACACGGUUAAUGUUUUCUAGCAUCGAUUUUUAUUUUCAAACUGGAUUUUCUCUUGUUUUACAUUAAAUUCAUCGUCUGCUGUGAUAACAUGGAUUACGUUAUACUCAAUGUUAGUGGAACGAUAUUUCGUCUGCACAAAAAAACCUUCUGUCGUCUGCCGUCACAUUGUUUUGAAAAUUGUGUUUCUAACCAACGAUUUUUAAUGGACGAAAAAGAGUCAUGUGAGGAAUAUUAUCUUGAAAGACAUGCAGAAAGUUUUACAGCAAUCGUUUGGUUUUAUACAAAUGGGGAAUUACAUAUGCCAUCGUCGGUCUGUCCGUCUGUUUUCUGCAGGGAAUUGAAAUUUUGGCAAAUUGAUGACCGUAAAAUGUCGCGAUGUUGUUAUAUGAAGUAUGUGUCAUUUUUUGAGGAUCAAGCUUUACUAAAAACUUUUGAACUCGAAGAAACAAAAGCCGGCAGGUCUGGAAAUGUUCUUCGUCCAUCGAAUAGCAAAUGGGAACAUACAAGAAGAAAAGUUUGGCGAGUGCUAGAUGACCCAAUGUCAUCUGCUUUAGCCAAGAUUUAUGUUGCAUCUUCAGCCAUAGUCAUCCUAAUGUCUAUAUUUGUGCUAGUUGCUAGCACACAUCCGGAUUUUCAACGAAAACUUGAUUGUGAGGAGAUUAGAGAAUUCCUUGGUGAUGGUGCACAAAUGCCAAAAAGCCAUCAGGAUUGUGAAAAAGAACUGAAUGAAGAGUCCGAAAGUGUUACUUCAAAAGUUAGAAAAAUAAAUGAAAAUACCACAUAUAAUACAAGUAGUUCAAUGUUUGAUAGCAGCAAUGAGACUGAAAGCUAUACAGAUGAUACCAUAGACACUCACACUCGUUUCAAUUAUCUGACUAUCAUGGAUUAUUUCACGGUUGGAUUUUUCCUUGUAGAAUUAGUUAUAAGAUAUAUAUUUUGUCCUGAUAAGAAAAUAUUUUUCUUUUCUUUUCUUAAUAUUGUGGACAUAAUAGCUUUAACCUCAGAAUGCAUUAUAAAUUUGAUCGAAUAUGUAUUUCCAAAAGAAAAGUACGUAGUUUAUUCAUCGUUAGAUUUUAUUGAAUGCAUACAAAUAGCACGUGUUUUCAGGUUAUUUCGAUUGGUCAGGAAUUUUAUAGGAUUUCGGGUCUUUAUAUAUUCUGUAAGAGCAAGCUUUAAAAACAUGGUGCUGAUGGUUUUUCUAAUGUUUGUUGCAGCACUAAUUUUUUCAGCUGUUGUAUUUUACAGUGAUCGUGAUGCAUUCAAAUCGAUACCGGACGCCAUCUGGUGGUCAGUUAUUACCAUGACAACAGUUGGAUAUGGUGAUGCUGUACCAAAAAGCCUGCUUGGGAAAAUGAUAGGUUGUGUAUGUGCAGUAACGGGUGUAUUUGUACUGGCAGUUCUCAUUCCAGUUUUGGUGUCAAACUUCGUAUUAUUCAUCGGUUUUGCAAGAAUUCCGUUGCGAAAUCAAGGAAAUGAUCUCGCUACCAUGGUAAAACAGGAGUUUGUCUUAAGAAAAGAUAGGACCGAAAUACAACUUCUAACGAAGAAAACUAGACCGAAAGUAUAUAAUUCAAGUGGAAGUCCAUGAAUAUUCUUUCUAAACGUCUUUCAUAGUGAUACUUUAAUUCGAAUUAAAAUGCAAUUAAAUAAUUGUAAUGAAGCUUUAAUAAUUGCAAUAUAUAUAUAUAUAUAUCAUAUUUUUGUAAAUGUACAUAGAGAAAUUCAGAAGAAAAUGAGUUGUGGCAUGUCAUGAGUCUGUAUAUUGUAUUGUAUUUGUUUUGGAAGAUUGUCUGUAUAUUGUUUUGUAUUGUUGUGGCAGUUUGGAAGAGUGUAUGUAUGUUGUUAUUGUAUUUGUUUUGGAAGAGUGUCUGUAUAUCGUUUUGUAUUUGUUUUGGAAUAGUAUUUGUAUGUUGUAUUGUAUUUGUUUUGGAAGAGUGUCUGUUUUGGAAGAGUGUCUGUCUGUAUAUUGUAUUGUAUUUGUUAAGAGAAAAGAAUCUGUAUAUUGUAUUGUAUUUGUUAAGAGAAAAGAAUCUGUAUAUUGUAUUGUAUUUGUUAAGAGAAAAGAAUCUGUAUAUUGUAUUGUAUUUGUUUUGGAAGAGUGUCCGUAUAUCAUUUUGUAUUUAUUUAUGGAAGAGUGUCUGUAUGUUGUAUUGUAUUUGUUAUAGAAGAGUGUCUGUAUACUGUAUUGUCAUUGUUUUGGAAGAGUGUCUGUAUAUCGUAUUGUAUUUGUUACGGAAUAGUGUCUGUAUAUUGUAUCGUUUUAGUUACGGAAGAUGUCUGUAUGUCGUAUUGUAUUUGUUACGGAAGAGUGUCUGUAUAUUGUAUUAUAUUUGUUACGGAAAAAUGGAAAUUUGUUAAGUGCUUAAUAUGAAAUUGUUUUACCAUUUGAUAAGGAUGUGUUAAUUAGAUAUACCAAAUUAAUGAAACAUUUAAAUGAAUUGCUCAACCAUAAUUUGGAGACAGAAUGUUUGUUAUUUCUUUGCUUGUGGACUUGUAUUGAAGAGUUAGUCUUCUAUCAAUUUUAAUAUAUUCCAUACUAAUAUG